AUUGCUUUCUAUGCUUCAAGUCGGAUGAGGGGAGGACGGAGGAUGGCCCUAGAGCGGAAACCAUUUUAAUGUGGAAAAGUGACCCUCAGAUCCACAAUCAAUCAAUCAACCGUUCAAUCAAUUAUUCAAUCACUAAAUAUUUCAGAUUAAUAUGUCUGGUUAAAAUGUCUAGACUAGAGAAAAUAUUUAUCCUCCUGGAGACUGGGUCAACCUCGCAAACUAGGAAACUUGCUGCUACACAAAUAGGGGAGGUUGUAAAAUCUAAUCCGCAAGAUUUGUUCACUGUACUGCAGAAGUUGUACAGUUACCUUUCUAACUCCUCCUGGCAGACAAGGAUAGCGGCAGUACAGGCUCUUGAAUAUGUGUUGAAGAAUGUUCCACAAUGGGAACCUAGAAAGGGAAUCAAAUCAGAGGCAGAUGUAAAGUUGGAGGCAGAUGUGAAGUCGGAGGCAGAUGUGAAGUCGGAGGCAGAUGUGAGUCCCGAGGCUGAGUUAAAAUCUGACAUACAGAUGAAGUAUGACAUAGACAGCAUUCCUGGCUUCUUGAAUUCAUGCCUAAAUUUUGCAACAUUUAACGUGGAGGACUUGUUGAAGAAUGGAGACUGUCUUUUCUCCCGGGAUACUCAGGAGUUUGAAGUGGAAUCAGAAUCCAAACCUGCAGUUCAACGACACCGCUUGAAGAAGACUCUGGGCCUGGAAGGUGCAAGUUCCCUGGGGAUAGAUACAGAAUCUUUGUUUACAAAUGAAGAUUUAAUGGAGACCAGGAUUGAAGAGAAGGGAGGGACGAAAAGAAAGGCUGAAGAAGUCGAAAAUUUGAGUGCUAGGGAGCUGAAUAGGCUGAAAAGGAAAACUAAGAUUGCGAAAGAAGAUUCACAGCCAAGAGAUACCAAACCUGUGCAGAAGGAGCAGUCCUUUAAAUUCUACACUGGUGAAAACUGGUUGGAGAGUCCCAGCUGGCCGUUUCAAUCCUUCCUAGACCAUCUACUAGCUGAUAUAUUUGCACUCAAGUGGGAGACUAGACAUGGUUCGGCCACAGCUAUCAGAGAGUUGAUGAAACUGCAUGGAUCAAGCGGGGGCAAGGAGUCUGGUAAAAGUUCUGCCAGAAAUGAAGAAAAUCAUCAGAAGUGGCUGGUCAACAUUUCUCUCAGGCUUGUCUGUGUUCUUGCAUUGGAUAGAUUCGGGGACUUUGUUUCUGAUCAGGUAGUUGCUCCUGUUCGUGAAUCUGCUGCCCAGGGUCUAGGAGCUGUUGUUCAGCUUGUUGAACAGAAUGCUGCGCUGCAGCUUGUCAACAUUCUUCUUAAACUUGUAGAUGGCGGCGGUUGGGAGAGUAAACAUGGUGGUCUCCUAGGUAUUAAAUAUGUCCUUGCGGUCAGACCAGACCUGGCUAGCAUUCUACUACCCAGGAUCUAUCCAGCUGUUCAGACAUGUCUCCAGGAUUCCUCGGAUGAUGUAGUUUCAGUCUCUGCUGCUGCUCUUCUUCCUGUAAUUCAUGUUCUUCUAGAUACUUCACCUAGUGUGAUUCCUAGCUUAUGCAGUUUGUUGUGGGAUUGUCUUUUAGACUUGGACGAUUUAACUAGUUCCACACAUUCAAUAAUGGAGCUAUUAGCUCAUUUAGUAGCUACACCAAGAGGAUUAGAGUUAUCUCUGCAGAGUACUAGUUCAACUCUCAAGGAUCUUGUUCCCAGACUUUUCCCCUUCCUGUCCCAUUCAUCCUUACAGCUAAAGUUUGUGUCUAGGCAUGUGUAUCAGAGAGCACUAUUAGAGCAUAAUCCAUCAUGUCUUCAGCUAAUUCCUAAACUUUGGAAUUCAUUGUGUGAGAACACUCCUCUCCAGCCCCUACUGAUGGCUGGAUGUCCCUGGUUUGGGCCCUGGAUUCAUCUUAUUUCAGGGCCCUCCACAUCACCCCUAGAUUCAGGGUCCCUCAUCCCAGAUAGGUCUGGGGAUACUGCACACUAUUUAGGUGGUAAAGAAGUACUGCCAAUAACAGAUCCUCUGGAAAAAGCAAAAUACAUCGCAAGAGCGAGGAAUCUGGGGGCCAAACUUCUCGGUAAACUUGCAGGAUAUGUUAUCAAACCUGUUCCAGGUAUUGAAUAUACGGAAGAUAUGGAAACCCCACUUCAGAUGCUUCUUUCUAAAGUCCUCAUUCCGCAGUUAGGAACGAACUCUGCUUACCAGAAACUGUCAAUAUCAAUGAUAAUUAUCCAAUGGUUGGAUCAAACAAGUUUGCCAGAUCAUAGGACUACAGUAGAUUUAGCUCAGGAGCUGGUCAGGAACUUGAGCAGUCCUCAGACAUAUGUAGAGAUGGUGCAACAGAAGAAUAGGCUAUUGUCUGAUGCUUCUGAUUUCAUAUCAUCUCUCAGGCACUACAAGGUUCCAUUUGAUGACAGUAUACAAGGAAAGGAUGGAACAUUGUCAAUAUCUGAUAUUGAUAAGCUGGUUGGAUCUGUUUUCAACCAGUAUCUGCACAACCCUAAACUGAAACCAAAGGCGAUUGAAACCCUUGAGGACCGGAGAGCUGGAGUUGUCAGCUCACUACAGAUAUAUCUGAAUAUGCAGCAGGAAAUAGAGAGUGUAUGCCUUUCUACGCUGGCCAGCGCGCUAUCCUGUCUGGGCCCAGCUGCUUUACCUGACAAACUUAACUGUGUUAUCAAACCUCUCAUGGACGCAGUCAAGAGGGAACAGAACGAAGAGUUUCAGAAUAUUGCAGUUAAAGGACUAGUCCGAGUUCUGGAUUCAUGUCUCACUAGACAAACAAGUCCACUAGACAAGGUUGUAACGAAUCUGUGUACAUUUCUAUGUUCCCAUCCUGUCAAUACACCUCAGGUUGAGCUGACCCAGUUUGGUAGCAGCGUGCACCCCGGUCUUGGGAUCCUUUCAAACUAUUUUAGAGAACGGCAAGCAGAGCAGGCCCUCAAGAAUAAACUGACUGGUCGUAAAACUAAAAAGGUUGAUAAUUCUGGGAUGUUGCUUCAGUCUACAAUAGAUGUAAAUAAUGAAGAGGAUCUUUGCCUUGUGGAGGUUCAGUGUAGGGGAGCCGGCCUAGCUAUUCAGGAGCUUGUGAAACAUUUUGGUGUUGAGAUUUUUACUAAGAUCCCCAAACUUGAUGAGCUUAGUUUUCAAUCUGUGAUAUCUGGAAACUGUGAUAUAGUUGAUCUACCAAACUGUUUAAAGAUUGUGGAAGUUAUGGUGUCCGUCCUUCCCUCAGACUUCCCUAGGCUUAGAGAACUAAUCCCUGUGCUACUGCGUUACACAACUAGUCAUCAUACUGCUGUCAGAUAUGCUGCAGCUACAUGUCUAACAGCUCUCUCAAAAGUUAUGCUGUCAGAAACUUUAACUGCAGUAGUUCUUCAUCUUCUCCCCCUCCUUGAACAUACCGAGCUCACAUUUAGACUUGGUGUUAUAGAAACACUUUCCUGCCUAGCUACAAACCUUACUGUUGACAUCAUUCCGUAUAUAGUACUACUGGUGGUUCCUGUCCUGGGUAGAAUGUCGGAUACCAAUCAAGAAGUAAGAUUGGCAGCAACAUUUACAUUUGCUACUCUGGUCAAACUAAUGCCCCUCGGAGAGAGUGUUCCAGACCCUGUUGAUAUGCCAGAGAGUUUACUUGCCAAGAAGAAAGAGGAGAAGAAUUUUCUGAACCAGCUUUUAAACUCUAAGAAUGCAGAAAGGUAUGAGUUGAAAGUCCCAAUCAAAGCUGAACUUCGUAGCUAUCAAGAAGCUGGCAUCAAUUGGCUUGGGUUUCUGCACAAGUACAAGCUUCAUGGUAUUUUGUGUGAUGAUAUGGGAUUAGGUAAAACUUUACAAACUAUAUGUCUGUUGGCCAAUCAUCACAAGAAUUCAAGGGCUCAAGGCUGUCAGUCUUUAGUUAUUUGUCCCACAACGUUAGGAGGACAUUGGAGGGAAGAAAUCAAUAGGUUUGUGGGUAAUGAGUUUCUGAACCCCUUUCUCUACAUAGGCAAUUCAUCAUUAAGAUCUGCUCUCCGCUUACAGAUACCCAAGCAUAAUGUUAUCAUAACUUCUUAUGAUAUUGUGCGCAAUGACAUAGAGUUUUUCUCAACAAUACAAUGGGAUUACUUGAUUUUAGAUGAGGGCCAUGUUAUCAAGAACACAAAGUCUAAAACUUCAAUGGCUGUCAGAAAACUAAGUUCUAAACAUAGGUUAAUCCUUUCCGGGACCCCAAUUCAAAAUGGAGUCACUGAACUGUGGUCUUUGUUUGAUUUCCUCAUGCCAGGAUAUUUGGGGACUGAGAGGCAGUUUAUGCACCGGUAUGCUCGACCCAUUCUUAACAGUAAGGAGAGUAAAUGCUCCAUUAAAGAUCAGGAGGUUGGUGUGCUUGCCAUGGAAGCAUUGCAUAGACAAACUUUGCCUUUCAUUCUCCGUAGAGUCAAGGAGGAUGUUCUUAAAGAUCUUCCACCAAAAAUAAUCCAAGAUUAUUAUUGUGACCUAUCACCCAUACAAACUUCUUUGUAUGAGGACUUUGAUAAAAGUGCUCUGAAAGGUGAGGAUGAAAUAAGAUCAAAUGCUUCGGAUGAUUCUCAACCAAAGAAAAAUCUUCAUCCCAAUGUGUUCAAAGCUAUGCAAUAUCUGAAAAAGGUUUGUAAUCAUCCAAAGCUUGUUCUCUCUCCAGAGCAUCCUCUCUAUCCCUUACUGGUAGAAGGGCAUCAUGGUUCAAAUCAAGAUCCAGCAGAAUAUUUAAAGGACAUUGGACACUCUGCCAAGCUGACAGCUUUGAAGCAGUUGCUCGCUGACUUGGGCAUCACAGGGGAAAGUGUUGAGAGUGUUGUUAGCCAACACAGAGCUCUGGUGUUUUGCCAGCUUAAAACUAUGUUAGAUAUUCUGGAAGAGGAUCUGCUAAAGGUUCACUUCCCGGAGGUUACCUACCUCCGCCUUGACGGUUCUGUACCAGCUCAUCUACGCCAUGAUCUUGUAACCAGAUUCAACUCUGAUCCUAGUAUUGAUCUACUUCUCCUAACCACCAGUGUUGGUGGCCUGGGUUUGAAUCUGACGGGUGCUGAUACAGUGAUAUUUGUUGAACAUGAUUGGAAUCCUAUGAAUGAUCUUCAGGCCAUGGAUCGAGCCCAUAGGAUUGGACAAAAACGUGUUGUCAAUGUUUACAGGCUGAUAACAAGGAAUACUAUAGAAGAAUCCAUCAUGUCUUCCCAAAAAUUCAAGAUUCACACUGCAAGGACGGUUAUAUCCUCAGAGAACUCUUGUAUGCAGACCAUGGGAACGGAUCAGGUUCUGGAUCUGUUCAGUUUAAGCAAGGAGGAUGAGAAAACUAGGGAUACUGAUCUACAGCCGGGGAUCAGGUCUGUCCUGGAGAACUUGCCUGAGCUGUGGGACGAAGACCAGUACGAAGAGGAAUAUGAUAUGGCGCAAUAUAUCCUCAACUUGAAAGCAUCUAAACCACAAUUGCCUGGCAACUAGCCAAUCAAUAAAUCAAUGAUAUGACGCAGUAUAUCCUCAACUUGAAAGCAUCUAAACCACCAUUGCCUGGCAACUAGCCAAUCAAUCAAUCAAUGAUAUGGCGCAGUAUAUCCUCAACUUGAAAGCAUCUAAACCACCAUUGCCUGGCAACUAGCCAAUCAAUCAAUCAGUUAAUUAAUGAUAUUGCGCAUUAAAUCCUUAAUCUUA